UGAAGCAGGGAAGGGAGGGACUGCUGGCAUUAUAAAGUCCAAAAAGUCUGCUCAACUCCAAGAGUCAGCUCUUGGAAAAUCCACUUGGGUCAGAGGCUGCAGUUGUCAUAUUUCUCAAGAUCUUCAAUAUGAAAGGCCUUCUGCUUCUGAUUCUGUCUUCUCUGCUUUGCUGGGUCUCAGCUGACAUUCGCUGUCAUUCCUGUUACAAGCUUCCUGUGCUGGGCUGUAUGGCAUCGCAGUCCUGUGCCUUGGAUCCAGGACAAAAAUGCCUGACAACAAUGUGUACCUUGGUAAUAUUCCUUCUUUACUGGAGAAAGAGGGCCAACUUACCAGCCCCCCGGCCCACCCCAGCCCUGGCUCUUGUCUUCUUCACCUCCUUGGCUGGCCUUGGACUCUGGCUACUGCACUGAGACUCACUUCAGGCUGGCCCCUCCUGCCACCUGUCUCAUCCACUCCCUAUGUCUCCCUAUUUGCCCCCAUCUCACUCCAUCCCUGACUUUUCAACAAGGUCUCUCCCUCUCUGUCUUUUCUCUGAAAAGCAUUUCUUCAGAUCCUUCACUUUUUUUUUUUUAAAUGAGACAGUGCUCUUCCUAUCCAUUCUUUGACUCUUCACUCUCCACUGUUUUUCCCACGUCCCUCCCAUUUCCUCCUAGGCCUAAGUCCUCCAUUAGACUCUACAAUGACUCUUUGCUAUGCCUCCUGAAUACUAUUGUGCUCUCCUUGAGGAGGAAUUGGGAUCUGAGCCUGAGAUGGGGCUUCUUUUCUGUCCCUUAUGAAUGCUCCUAAGAAGGGCCUCAUGGUUUCUGUAUGAGGCUGAGUCCCUACUGCGCACCCUAUCCCCAUGGUCAUCUCUUUCCAUUUUGAAUAAUAAAUGCUCAUGUCUGAUAA